AUGCGUGUCGACAGGUGUGACUUCUCCGGGUACAAGGUCUACCCCUCCAGGGGAAAGGUCUACGUUCGUGGCGACUCCAAGACUUUCCGAUUCCUCAACUCCAAGAACGAGUCUCUCUUCCUUCAAAGGAAGAACCCCAGAAAGAUCGCUUGGACUCAGGUCUACCGACGAAUGCACAAGAAGGGUAUCACUGAGGAGGUCGCCAAGAAGAGGUCCAGGAAGAACGUGAAGGUCCAGCGUGGAAUCGUUGGUGCCGACCUCGCCUCUAUCCUCGCCAAGCGAACUGCCAAGCCCGAGGUCCGAGCCGCUGCCCGACAAGCCGCCAUCACCAAGGCCAAGACUGAGAAGCGAGACAAGGAGACCCGAAAGGCCGCCAACAAGCCUACCCAGUCCAACGCCCCCAAGGUCUCCAAGCAGGCUGCCAAGGGCGGUGCUGGCAAGGGUGGUCGUUAA